AUGAUUGAAGGAUAUCUUUAUUUUUUUCCAUUAUCUGUGUGUAUACUUAUACCAUUAGCAUAUUUUAUUUCUUCUAUUAUUGCUGUAUAUCUUGGUCAUUCAACAUAUGAAUUGUCAUUGCUCAGUCAAUCACCAACAAAAUCACCUGAAUCAUGUAUUUAUUCACAAAUUAUUAAUUUUGCUUCAUUUCUUCUUAUACUGACUAUUUAUAUUCGUUAUCGUCAUAUAGCAGAAUUAAUUCGUAAUAAUCCAACAUGUGGAAAAAAAUAUGCUCAAUUAAAUCUAAUGUUUCUUAUAUGUGGAAAUAUUGCUGCAUUUAGUAUGAGCGUUAUUUCGAAUUUUCCACAUAUUAAUGUAUAUUUUAUUCGUAUAUUUGCAACGUAUAUAACAUUUAUUGCAAGUGUUGCAGCACUUCAUUGUGAAAUGCUUUUAUCAUUUUGGAUUCGACCAUUGUUAUAUUCAAGUCGUCUAUUACCGAUGAUUCGAACGAUAAUUACAAUUAUUUGUACUAUAGCACUGGUUAUAUUUAUGAUCUUUCAAACAAUUGUUAUUAUUAAAUAUAAUAAUGAGAACAAAAUUUGGAUACCAUCAAGUCCGGGUUGGAAAUAUUAUUUAAGUACGAUUUUAUCUACUUGGAUUUUAACAACAUCUCUACUUAUUUAUAUUUUAACUAUAAUAAUUGAUUUUCGUCGUAUUAAAAUAAUCUCACCGAAAAUAUUUCUAACCGAUGAUAUUAUUGAUGAUCAAAUGAAUAAUAUAUUAUCAUUAUCGAUAUAA